CUGCUGCGGCCCAUGCAGAGGAGGGGGUAGGCGAUCUGAAUGUAGAACUCCGGUGGCUCAGGUUUCAGAUGCCAGAAAGGUACAUCAAUACACAAAAGAAGGGUUUGCAAGAGGUGAGGGCUGCUGUGAGAGGGAAAUGGCGGAGGUUUGUACAAUGGUGAACGAAAAAGGAGUUGCAACCCAAAGAAAUUAGUUCUGAAAACCAAGAACAGUAAAAAAAUAUUUUUUGGAUAAUACGCUCAUUCCUUUCAGAUGGCAGCUGCUCCUCCACCAGGUGGUGGGGUUCCUAGUUUCUCAGGACUUCCUACGGUGUCUAAUCAGUGGAAUGCCUCUGUUGCUGUUUGGGAAUGGCAAGAUGAGCAUAACAAAUGGCGACCAUACAGCAGUGCAGUGAGCAACUAUAUUGAACAAUAUAUGGUGUCAUAUUCACAGCAGAAAGGUUUCCGAGCCUAUGGAAACAGCAACAGCAUAUCUCUUGGAAAAGCUGAUCCUAAACUGGCACCAUACAUUAUUGAUAUUCCAACCCUUUCACAGUUUAGGCAAGAUACAGGAACCAUGCGAAGUGUGAGGAAAUCACUUUAUGCAUCAGAUUCUGCACCAGCCAAAGGAAUUUCUUGGGAAUGGAUGAAUGAUGAAGCAUGUUGGACUGCUUAUGAAAUGCCAAUUACCAUAUACUUAGAUGAAAAUUACUGCAAUAGAAGACCAUUGGUGGAUCUUGGAGCAUUUGGACUCCCCUACCAGGCUGACUUAAACUCUGGCAUUCAGAUAAAUAAAAUGACAGGUUUUAGAAGACAAAUUCAGAGAAGAGCUGACAUUCCUUAUCCGUUAACAUCAGCAAUGGGACCUGUUCAUAAAUCUGCAGCAUGUCUUUGUCACCAGUGCCUAGCCAACAGUGCAGCGGGUCCUAUAUCUGGACGUCACCGACACUCCAUGAUAAACUUGCCCACCUCCUCUGGUAGCCAGCUUUCUAGGACUUCAUUUGCAUCAUCCUUUAAUGUUGGUUAUGUACCCUAUCCAAAGCCAUCAAUGGCCAUUUCAAAGUCCACACCAAAACUUAAUAGCACUUGGUUAAUCUCUCCAGUCCCUCUACAGUUUCCAGGACCAUCAUCAUCAUCUAAUGGAACCAGCAUACCGUCUAUCCCAGUAAACACACAGAAGCAAAACUCAACAAAGCAAGCCUUAGCAGGCAUGACGGCUAUUCUGAUGUCUGCAGCUGGGCUCCCAGUGCGCUUUACUUCUGCACCUCCACCUUCCAACCCACCCGUGAACAGUAAACCUGAUAAAAAUCACAACUCAGUUAGGAAAUUGAGGAAAAUGCCAAAAAAAGGAACUGCUACUGAGCCUGAGAAAGUUGUAAAGAAAUAUCUUGAGAACGUAGAAAAGCCACCAGAAGAGGACUGCAUAAUUUGUAUGGAAACACUGAAUGUUGCUUCUGGAUACAGUGAUGCUGUCGAGUGCAAGAACAUCAAGCCAACUGCAGUAGGGAAACUUAAGAAGUGCGGCCAUACAUUUCAUCAGCUUUGUGUGCUAGCUAUGUAUAACAAUGGAAACAAGGAUGGCAGCUUGCAGUGUCCGGCAUGUAAAACAAUUUAUGGAGAGAAGACUGGAACACAGCCGAAAGGAAAUAUGGAAUACUCUUUAAUCCCCCAGUCUUUGCCUGGUCACCAGGAUUGUGGCACUAUCCAUAUUGUGUACACCAUACAUCCAGGAACACAGGGGCCUGGGCACCCCAAUCCUGGUAAGCCAUACUCAGCCAGAGGCUUUCCACGCCACUGCUACCUUCCAGACAAUGAGAAAGGCAGACUGGUACUAGAGCUGCUGAAGCUGGCUUGGGCCAGGCGACUGAUUUUUACCAUUGGUGUAUCCAGCACAACAGGGGAAUCUGAUACAGUAGUGUGGAAUGAAAUCCACCACAAGACUGAAAUGAACUCUAACAUUAGUGGACAUGGCUACCCUGACCCUAAUUACAUGGACAAUGUCGUUGCAGAGCUUGCUGCUCAAGGAGUCACUGAAGAUUGCUUAAAAAUGUGACCAAGUUGUUCCACUGGCUGCCUUUUGCUGUCUUUUAGGGGAGCAUUCAGUUAAUUGAGGCCUUAAAGUUUAACUAUAGUUUUCCUAUUUCAGUAGAGCAAUAUGUCUUUAAGAGGUUUACAAAUAAGCUGAGGAAGUCUGCCUUGUUUUGUACAUGACUGACAUGCUGGUUCAUAUCACCAUCCCUGCAGGACAGGGUUUAGUCAGUAUGGACUCUCCAUCAUGUUCAUCCCUGUACACGCAUGAGAGUGAAAGGAUUUUUCAAGACAAGUUUCAUGGCGGUCUUAACCAUAUGGCAAGCAAACUAGCAUGUUUCCAAUACAUAAUUAGCUAAUUCUCCAAUAUAUUGGUAAGCUGAUAAGGCAGCGAAUGAACCAAAUCUCAUAUUCUUUAGUAACAACAUACUGGUUAUUAUUAAAUUGUGUAAAACCCCAAACUUAUUUUUGACUCAGUCGAGACCUCUCUGUGUGCCUCUUUUUUUUUUUUUCUACAAUUAAGUCUAUAGGUUGGUACUAUUAUUUUUUUAGGGUGGUGUCAUACAUUGACAUUUUCUUGGUACGUUUGUGAGGCAUCAGAAGACCUAACAUUGAUUGUAGAUCAUGCCCAGUGUCUUUAGAUUGUUCCAUGUAUAACUGCUGGAUGGUGCAGAAGAGGUCUGCAAGGCAGUCUGCUGAUGCCAAGAAGCUUUUCAGGAAACUAAUUUGGCUCUUACCCAGCUUAACCCAAAUACGCAGGGUUUGUGCAUUUUAAUGAUGAAGCAUUAGGUAAUUAUUAAGAAAUUAACCCCCCCCUCCUUGUUAAAUACAUAGAGAUCAAUUCUAAAUUUGAGAAAAAUGCCAUACAAAAAUAUGGCUGCCAGAUCACUGUGAGGUUAUUAGGUCUGUUUUGAAAAAGGAUCAUUCAAAAUUUCCAGUAUGUUUACACUGCCGUCCAUUCACACAUAUCAUCCUUUUAUAAUAUAUAAUGCAACAGAGUAAAUAAAGGCAAACACAGAUAUGAGUAAUGACUCCUCUAAAUUAACCCAAAAAUAUACCCGAAAACUUCUUCCAUUAAAAAAAAAAUCCCCUUUUUCUAUGCAACCUUGUCUGCACCACUUACAGUAUGUAAAGAAAUAUAAUCUAUUUUAAUGCACCAUAGUUGGUAUAUAUUUAGCGCGAGAGGCAUAUAUAAUAUAUACAUAUACAAAAACAUAUAAUUUCUUUCUUUGUAGUAAAAAGGAGUGAUGGCUGGCGUUGUUAGUGCCACUUUUGUACUGAGUGCCUUUAUCAGACAGCCGCCUUCUUAUCCAUUUGGGUUCACUGUUUCUGCAGUGAAUUUACCAGUUUGCCUUUUUUUUUUUCUUUUUGAUUUAAAUCGAUGUAGGAAGCCUUCACAAACAGACAAUCACCAUAUUAACCUCACUGGUGAAUUACAUUGCCCUAGAUUUGCAUUUGCUGUUGGCUUUGCAGGUUUUAAAAUUGAUCAUUUGAUUUUUUUUUUUUGUUGCUAAAUUUUAAAAUGAAAAUUUCAAUCCCGUUAACAAGUGUGUUAAAGUUAAUUUUUUAUGGUUCUUGAUGCUAUUGGUUGUAAAAUCAGUGCACCUGAUGAUUCAACUACUGAUAGAACAUUGCUACAUUCUUGGCAAUGUUUGUUGGAAACGAAACAAUACUUCAAACUGUGUUAUUAUUGGUAUUAAAGAAAAAAAAUAUAUUAAGGCCAUUAAAGAAUAUUCUUGAUUAUUA